AUGGGAGACUCAUCUGGUUGUCUCAUGCAACCUUUCUGUUAUGCCACUGGCAUUUCUAACAAGAGCAACCCAAUUCAUGCACUUGGAGGAUCAAUCUCAUUUGGGAGGUUCAUAUCCGAAGAGUCACUGGCAUGGGAGAAAUGGUCUCCUUUCUCUCCCAACCACUAUGUUGAAGAGGCAGAGAGGAUUUCUCAACCUGGUUCAGUUGCACAGAAGAAAGCUUUCUUUGAAGCUCACUUCAAGAAACUUGCUGCUCAAAAAGCUGCUGCUUUGCAUGAACAAGCAAACAGUGCCACACAGACAGAUCAAGAACACGAGGCAUUAGUAGUUGAUAACACCCAUAAUUCACAACUGAAAAGUCCAAAAUCUGAACUUUCUGUCAGUGAAGAAAAUGCAAAGGUUUUACCUCAAAGUAACAAGGUGGUAGGAGCUCAACUGGAGAUAGAACACCAAGCUUUUGUAGGGAGUUCAAUGUUGGUUAAAAUGCAAAACCAGCUUGAAGAUGUUGAUAACCAUAAGGAGCUAAGUGAAAAGGCUAGUGCAACACCUUCAAUGGACACAAUGAAGUUUUUGCAGCAAGGUUCCAACUUUGAUAAGGAAGUUUUGCGAUCAAUGGGCAGGAAGAAAAAAAAAGUUUCUUUAUCCAAGUUGUUAAAGGGUAUUAGAACUUCUAAGUUCAUCUCUACACUAGUCAAAUCCACUGCUCCUUUUGUUUCAAAAAGAGAUAAUAUUGCUACCCCAGUGAGCAAUGAGUCUCCAUUAAGCUCUGCUGAUAAAAAGAGAUCAACUGCUAAGUCGUUCCAUAUGUCACUUGAUUUCACACUCAUUAGAGAAGUUAGAAGAUUAACAGCAACAGUCAUGAGAAAAUUUGAAUGUACAAGAGGUGGAGCUGGUUCUUCCAUGGCUUCAAAGGCUUCAAAGAAUGAGUUGCAAAAGCAUUCUUCUUUUACCCCAUUAACAGAAAAGAAAAGAAAUAAAAUGACACCCUCGAAUAUAUCCUCCAUGUUUAUCUUGAGGACAGAAGAAAGGGCUGCAAGUAGAAAGAAGAAACUUGAGAAAAAGCUCAAUGCUAGUGAAGCUCACAAAGUGCAACUGCAUACAAAACUCAAGGAGAAAGCAGAGGUAAAGAUGAGAAAACUACGUCAAAGCUUUUGUUGCAUAGCCAUGCCACUACCUGAUUUUCACAAGGAAAGAGAAGCAUCAAAGAGAGAGACAAGGAAGGAUCCGCUGACACCCCAUGAAUCACCCAAAGAAGGAAGAAGUGUAGUAGUGAGCAAAAGCUCUUUACCUCCUAAGAGACAUUUCCAGGGAAAGAAUGGUGGCACCUUGUCUAUGCUUCUCACUUCAAAUUCCACUGUGAUUACUCCUUUUGAAAAUACAUCUCCAAAUAUUCAGCUUGGAAACCAGAAUGAUAGAAAUUACAAAUAA